CAAACAACAUGCUCCACCCCCCGCAACAUUUCUCGCCAUUUGUCAUGCCAGCUGCCAAGGACAGGCGGUGCUGCAAUUAGUUUUAAAUACUUAGUUGGUAAAUUGCAAAUCGUAAACAACAAUCACGCCCACGCUGUACGUUCCGGAGGUGGUGUUCGAGAGACUCGAGUGUCCGUCCAGUGAUAGUUUGGCCAUGCCACAGGGCGAAACAUUCCAUCGGGCUGUCUCGAAAGUUCUUUUCAUUUCACAAAUCUAUGGACUGCUGCCUGUCAGCAAUGUACGCGCCUUGGAUGUUGAGGAUAUUCGCUAUCGUUGGCUCUCCCCACGCAUCUUCUACUCUGCACUCAUCAUAGCAAUGAAUAUCUGUGAAUUUGGAGCCGUUUUGAAUUAUGUGGGCCAGGUGGCAAUCAAUUUUCACAACUCCAGCACGCUGUCGCUGUAUGUUGUCUGCCUUUUGGAGCACUUUUUCUUCUGGCGACUGGCUGUCCAGUGGCCCAGCAUCAUGCGAACGUGGCAUAGUGUGGAGCAGCUCUUUCUGCGCGUACCCUAUCGCUUCUAUGGCGAGUACAGGAUGAAGAGACGCAUCUACAUUGUGUUUUCAGUGGUCAUGCUAUCAGCUUUGGCGGAACACUGUCUGCUGCUCACAAACUCCUUUCAUCUCAGCAACAUGGAGCGCACUCAGUGCAAGAUCAAUGUCACCUAUUUGGAGAGCAUCUACAGAUGGGAGCGACCACAUCUCUACAUGAUUCUGCCAUAUCACAUGUGGAUGCUUCCCUUUUUGGAGUGGAUCAACGAAACCAUUGCCUAUCCCCGCUCCUUUACCGACUGCUUUAUCAUGUGCAUUGGCAUUGGCCUGGCCGCACGUUUCCAUCAACUCUAUCGACGAAUCGCUGCUGUUCACAGGAAGGUCAUGCCAGCUGUCUUCUGGACUGAAGUGCGUGAGCAUUAUCUGGCACUCAAGCGCCUGGUGCGUCUCCUGGAUGCCGCCAUUGCACCGCUAGUGCUGCUGGCAUUUGGCAAUAACAUGUCCUUCAUAUGCUUUCAACUGUUUAACAGUUUCAAAAACAUUGGCGUGGACUUUAUGGUGAUGCUGGCCUUUUGGUAUUCCCUGGUCUUUGCCGUUGUACGCACUCUGCUGACCAUUUUUGUUGCCUCUUCAAUUAAUGAUAUUGAGAGGAAGAUUGUUACGGCACUGCGGGAUGUCCCUAGCAGGGCAUGGUCCAUUGAGGUUCAGCGUUUCAGCGAGCAAUUGGGUAACGACAUGACAGCCCUGUCCGGCAGUGGCUUCUUCUACCUCACACGCUCACUUGUACUGGCUAUGGGCACCACCAUCAUCACGUACGAGCUGAUGAUAUCGGAUGUGAUCAACCAGGGCGGCAUCAGGCAAAAGACUCAAUACUGUAGAGAAUUCUAAGCUAUAAAUUUGAUAAAUUCAAGAGCACGAUUAGCCAUAAGUGUCACACAGCCCCAUGCAAUGCACCAGCAGCACAGCUAUUGAGAUUAUAAUCUGCGAAAUACAAGGCUAAAUAUAUAAACGAAAGGCAACCGCCCACUUGUUUGUGGUCCUGGGACACGCUCUAAAUCAUUUUCCACUCAAC